AAGUAUAAAAAUAUUAAGUUUUUAAAACGUUUUUAUUUUAACCACAUGUUAUUAUUUUUUACUUGACACUAAUUUCCUGCUGUUUACAGUAAUAAACGGCAAUAAAUAGGCUAAUUAGUAUGAACAAAUAUAUUUUAUAUAAUUAUUUUAUAAGGACAUUUAUUUGGGGAUUUAUUUUAACAACAUUUCUACUGAUUAUUCAAAUACAAGAAAGCAAUCAACUAGUAAUAAAAUCAAUAAGUGUACCGGAAUUAUUGAGAGAAGGAGAAACGGAUUAUGUUAUAUUAGAUUGUGAUUAUGAUCUUGAAAAUAUAUCUAGUGAUGGAUUAGUUGUUAAAUGGUAUUUUAAUGACGAUAAUGUUGAAUACCAGUGGAUAUAUGGACACGAGCCUCAGGCUGAUCCAAGUGCUAGUCAUAUAGAUCUUGGAUAUAAAGCAAGUGAUGAUCCUUAUACUAUGUAUCGGGCUAUGAAAUUAAAUAAUCCAACAAUUAAUUUAACGGGAGACUACAGGUGUGCAGUAUUUACCUAUCAAGAUGAAGAAAUAGCUGACGCUAGUAUGAUUGUAUAUUCAACAGAAGAAAAAUUCGAUUUAAAGUAUAGAAAAAAAAUAAUUGAUGGUAAAGAAGGAGUCGAAUUGACAUGUUUUGCAGAGGGAUUGUAUCCACAACCAACAAUGGAUAUUUAUGUUAAUGAUAUUAUUGUUAAUGAAACAAUUACUUCGGAUUUAACGAUGCGUAAUGACAGCAAGUAUGACAUUAUGAUGCAAGUUGUUGCUAAAAAUGAGAACUUACCAAAUGAAGCUCUUGUUAAAUGUAGUUUAUCGAUUCCUAAAGCAAAUUACACUAUUCCACGUGAAUUAAUCUACAUACCUGGAACGCCAACCAGUACGCCUUCUGUAACAACCAAUCUAUUACGAAAAAUGGAGAUCCAGGCAAUAAACAGCUCUGAACCAGACAAUACUGACAAUGGUGGAGCAGCUUCAAAACCUUUUUACAGCUUAACUUUCGUAUUUAUUAUUACUAUAUUGACCAACUUUUGUCGUCACUGAUGAUGAUAAAUAUCAUUAUUAUUAUGUAAUUUAAAAUAAUGGGAAUGGAUUAACCACAAUGAUAAUUACACGCUAUCUAAAUGACAGACUACAACUGAUACUACUGCAAUAUACUGUUUUGUAUAGAAAAAAAAAAAAAAAAAAAAAUAUAUAUAUAUAUUUAUAUAUAUAUAUAUAUAUGAAAAUAAA